GUUAAUGAGCUGCAGUACCUCUCUCCGCCAGGUGAGGGAGUACGAGGAGGAGAUCCACUCCCUGAAGGAGCGCCUGGUGAUGUCCCACAGGAAGCUGGAGGAGUACGAGCGCCGACUCCUCUCCCAGGAGCAGCAGACCAGCAAGAUCCUGCUGCAGUACCAGAGCCGACUGGAGGAGAGCGAGAGGAGGCUCAGGCAGCAGCAGAUGGAGAAGGACACACAGAUCAAGGGUAUCAUCAACAGCCACUCACACAGCAUCAUGGAGCCCGGCCUGGAACCUGAUUGGCUCAUGCGAGGCAGGCAGCCCUCUGAUUGGCCAGGCCUCGACGCCGGAGCCCUCCCCCGAGAUCCGAUUGGCUGACAGAGGGAAAGAAAGGAGAAGGGAAAGAGGAAGCUCGUCGCCGAUUGGCUGGCCCCGUCACCGCCUCGUCCCGCGCCCUGCACGCCGAUUGGCUGAAGACAUCACAGGGGCUCCUGCUAUUGGAGGAUUUGCACAGAAGGGGCAGUCCCUCCCUCCCUCUCUCUCUCUCUCGUUCUUUCUGAUUGGCUGCCCUAAGAACCUCCUUUUUUCCUUUUGCGUUGAUUUCUGGAUCACACUGGAAGAGCCAUGACUGGACUUGAUACGAUAAGUGACUCCCUGCUUUGUUAGUGAGCCAGCUCGUUGAGCCCAGUCUCUGCUUCGCUCCCUGGUUUGGACUGAGAACAGGAACGACGACACCAGGGAAGAGUAAAACAGAGAAUUCUUGGGGGCC